AUGGCUUCUAUACAACGUAUCAAUAAUUUUAUCAACGGACAAUUUGUAUCGACAGAAGAUUAUUUAAAAAGUUUUAAUCCAACUACUGAAGAAGUUAUUGCUCAUAUUGCUGAUAGUUCAGCAGAAGAUGCUGAACGAGCUGUUCAAGCUGCUCGACAAGCAUUUCCUUCAUGGAGUCAUGAAACAAUCACUAAACGAGUCUAUUAUCUUAAUCGUAUUGCUGAUUUAAUACAAGCACGUUUAGAAGAUUUUGCUCGUGCUGAAUCAUUAGAUCAAGGUAAACCAUUAUGGUUAGCACGUACUAUGGAAAUACCAAGAGCAAUUGAUAAUUUUCGAUUUUUUGCAACAGCUUUAAUGCAAAGUCGUGAAAUUUUUACUCCACAUCCAACAAUACCUAAUGUGAUAAGUUAUACAGUACGAAAUCCAAUAGGAGUUGCUGUAUUAAUUAGUCCAUGGAAUUUACCAUUAUAUUUAUUAACAUGGAAAAUUGCACCAUGUAUUGCAUUUGGUUGUACUUGUGUAUGUAAACCUAGUGAAUUUACUUCUGUGACAGCUGGUAUGCUUGCUCAAGUUUUUAUCGAUGUAGGACUUCCACCUGGUGUUGUUAAUUUUAUUUUUGGUGUUGGUCCACGAGCUGGUCAAGCUCUUAUUACUCAUCCUGAUGUUAAUGUUAUUUCAUUUACUGGUAGUACACUGACAGGUUAUCAUAUUAAAAAAGCAACAUCACAUUUACCUAUUAAAUUAUCACUCGAAAUGGGAGGAAAAAAUGCAGGAAUUAUUUUUAAUGAUGUCGAUCUUACCAAAUGUCUUCCUGUUUUACUUCGAUCAUGUUUUCAAAAUUCUGGUCAAAUUUGUUUAUGUACAAGUCGUUUAUAUGUUCAACGAGGAAUAUAUGAUGAACUUGUUAAAAAAUUUAUUGCUGAAGUUAAAAACUUAAAAGUUGGUGAUCCAUUUGAUGAUAAUACUAAAAUGGGUCCUGUUGUUAGUAAAGAACAUCAAAAUAAAAUAGAAAAAUAUAUUGAAUUAGCACGACAAAGUGGAUAUGAAGUUAUAUCUACUGGUGAAAUGGAUGAAAAUACAAAAAAAACAAAUAAAGGUUAUUUUAUGAUGCCAACAAUUAUUUUAAAUGUUGAUGAUAAUUCAAAAUUAAUGACAGAUGAAAUUUUUGGACCUGUUGUUUGUAUUGUACCAUUUGAUACAGAAGAUGAAGUUAUGAAACGAGUAAAUAAUAUUCAAUAUGGUCUUUGUGGUUGUAUAUGGACAGAAAAUAUUGGUCGAGCUCAUCGUCUUGCUACUCAAAUGGAAUGUGGUACAGUUUGGAUUAAUUGUUGGAUGAUACGUGAUCUUCGUAUGCCAUUUGGUGGUAUUAAAGAUAGUGGUAUUGGUCGUGAAGGUUAUCCUUAUUCUGAAGAUGUAUUUACUGAAAUAAAAACUGUUUGCAUCAACACUACAUAA